CGACGCAGUGAGCACGUCAGGCAGGGAGUAGCAGAGGAGUUGUGUGUUAUGGUCUCUCUUUUCUCUUGUUUGAGCCAUCAUUGAGUGCCUGCGACGGGGAAUGGAAAGUAGACUGCGGGUUCCGCAGAAUCGCAACCUGCCGGCCGCUGUCACUCAGUGCUUCUCGGUGGUGGCACUGUGCACGGCCGUCGCUGAUCCCAACUGGUUCCAGGUCUCCCUGAACGGCACCUCCCCGCAGAUCUAUGGAGUGGCUUAUGUAGUCCAUCUCCAGGGAAACCUCACAGCAGAUCCAAAUACUGUCCUCAACUAUGAAGGAAUUUCUCUUCUAAUUGUGAUGGCCACCUGCAGCUACAUUGGAAUAUUGACUGGUUUCGGAGCUUUCAUUCUCAGCUUUUUGGGCUCAAGACAUCCACUUUUGUUUAACUUACCAAUUACAUUGCAUUUUAUAACCGCCAUUUUGGAUAUUGGGUCAUUGGCGCUGUGCUCGUACCUGUUCUUUCAGGUGAAGACAAAGCUGAAGAAAAAAGAAUUUGACAAGACAGCGAUGCAGACAACCCUGGGCGAAAGUUUUAUUAUUGCUAUCUUUGGUGUGAUGUUCUCAGUAACCGCCUCAGCCCUAAGUCUACACAAGUCCCUGUUGAAGGAUGUGAGACUGCUAGAGAACAGAACAGAAGAGCAGUCCACGCUGGAAGCGCACCAACAAGACCAAGACAAUGACUAGUUUGGCUAAACUAUUUGUACUACAUCACCAUGUACUUCUUUGGAUCUGUGCAGUUGACCCAGGGCUCUGGUUGCAAUGCUGCUGUGGAGAAGUGCAGCACCCAGGGACAUUAUACAGUCCCAGCUGCAGGUGGGACUGCUCAGUAUACAAUGAAAAGAGCCAGUGGCUUUAACUGCUCUGAGGAUAUUAAUGAUUGAGAAAAAUUCAAGAAGCUUUAAUGUUCUGUAGAUACAUUUUUCUUUUGUACAUUUUUAUCCUUUGUACAGUUGACACCAAUUGAAGUAGCUGUAGAUUUUCUGAAGUGACUGCUCAAUCACUGAUUAAAAUCAAUAAAAGGCACUGAGCUAUACAGACCAA